AUGAAUUUCAGUGACAUUCCCCCCAAAAGAGAGGUGAUGGGAUGGAAUCCCCAGAGUCUAGCUGACUAUAUGAGAAAGGUGAGUACCAAAAAAGGUUGAAACCUUGGAUGGAUAUACUAUGUUAUGGUUAAUUGUGUUACUUGUUUUCUUUUGAUUCUAAAGGUAGACAUUUUGCAUGAAAAAAAUUGCCAUCUAAAACAAACUGUAUGACAUGUAUGGUAUAACAAUGCCACACUGUACACGUUGCAAAAUUAGUAUUUAUUUGCUUAAUAUAAUUUCUGUUUUAACUGAACAUAUUUGAUGCAGUAUAUUUCAUAAAAUUGUAGUUAACUAAUUACCUUACUAAAUUUAUGUCACAUUUUCUUAGCUCAGCCUAUCAGGCUGUGACAAAGCAGUGAUGAAGAGCGGCAUAAGUGGAGCCCAGUUUAUGGUGAGUGCUUCUAUUUCUCCUUUAGUCUUUGAACCCUUUUUCUUACCCUUCGAUAUACUCUUUUAUACUGACAGCAAAUGACAAAGAGCGAUCUCCAAGUCUUCCCAGGCCUUUAUGUCGGGUAAGUCUGACUUAAAUCUAUUAAACUAUCAAUCAUAUACCCAUUUAAGCUGUCAAAGGGAAAAUAUCUUUAUCUUUUUUUUUUUUCUAGAGUAAUCUCUAAAAUACAAAGUGAAAUCAGCAAGGGGGAGCAUAAGAAGACCUAUGGACACAAGUAAGAGACGAAAAAAAACUACUUUACAGCUCCCACUAAAUGUUGGAUGGUAUAAAACCGCAAUGAAUAACUUUCACAUACUUUCCUCUUUCUGUAGACCAAACACACCAAAGUUUCAACAAGAGGGUAAGGCACAGGGUUGUAACAACAAAUUAUGCUUCGUGUUUCAUUUCAGAGAUCAACCUAAAUAUUAUAAAUAGAAAGUGAAAACAUUGACCCACAUGGUCAUCUUAAUAUAGACUUUUAUUCGUCUUGCACAAUCUGUGAUCAGUCAUCAGGCAGAUAUUGGCAAGAGGCGAGGAUUAAGACAAAUACUACCCACUAACAGUCGCAUCAGUCAGACAGUAAACCCACCCUGAAAAAUUUGUUUGGAGACAUGUUGUCAAAGACAGACAAGAAAGUCCAAUCUGCUGGCAAAAAAAAUUGCUGAACCCACCAAAAUGUGGCCCUGCUUAAAAAGCAGAAAACAGUUUUGAACCGAACAUUGAGUCAUUACUGAGAAAUUUUGCAGUUUUUAAUAAACACAACCAGAAGAUGAUCUAGGACACCCUCCACACAGACAGGCAGGAAAAGAGGGUUAUUGCUGAAAGUGGAGCUUUGAUUUUCAUUUGUUCUCACCAUAAACAUCCAAAUUAAAGCAAAGAAGGCUUGCAGCAGUUGUUUAUACUUAUCUUUUUCAAAUUAAACAGAAAAAAAAAAACUUUCACAAUAUUCUAAUCUCCUGAAGCACCUGUGUUGUGUCAUGAAAAAUGAGUGAUAAUAAUGUUGGUGCAUGUCUUUAUUUAAAAAUCUAUGAUUUAAGGCUAAAUGCUUCUCUAUUUUAUGCAGCAUUUGCACAGGAAGAGGAAGUCUGGGACUCAGAUGAGUUUGUAAGUCAAAACACACAUUAAAUGGUGCAAACUUCAGCUUUGAAGUAGAUUAUAAAUCACAGCUAGUUAGUUGACGUUAAGAAUAUAAAAUAAGGGCUAGAUCUAAACACUCUAAUCUCAGUUCAUUCCCACUCAUGCCACUUUGGUCAGGACAAUGAGAGUGAUCAUGAAGAUGAGGAUCCACACCAGGAGAGAAGGAGAGAUACCUUAAAGUGCGCUCCUGAGCUUCCAGACAUGGAUAACAUUGAGGAAUACAGUUCUGAUGAGUACGAGGUGCCCUCUGAAGACACAGUGCAACCACCUCAAUAUCCAAGAGCGGCUAAACAUCAAAACUGGGGUAACAACCACCUAAAUUGCAGUAUGUAAAAUAAAUGUGCAUCUGUUGCUUUCUCUUGGAUAGAAGAGAAAAAAUGGUUACAUUUUCUUUAUGCUUUCCUGACACAAUGUGGGUAUUUGUAUGUGAGUAGAUUCUGUUCCUGACCCAUCUCCUGCUGAAAGACCUCCACGUCCCAGUCCAAGAAAAGCUAAUGAUGCUUCUCGGAAACCACCAAAACAACCAGGUUGACAUCAACGACUCUGAAUCAACUAAACUAAUUUGCGUUUGGUUGUUAUAUGUUACAACUUGGGUAAUAUUUUUUUAUUCAUUUAUCAACAACAGGCCAAUCAAAUCUGCCUGUUGACCGGAGUAAGAAGCCUGGACGAUCUGGUUCAUCUGAUAAGGAUAUUAAAAAACCAAGUAGGUGCUGCUAACACAUUUGGAUUGGUUCUAACAACUUUUAGUCACAGAAUUACACAUGUCCAUUUCAUGUCCACUAGAGGGCAACCCUAUCAAGACUUUUGGCUCAUCCUUCAGGAAGGCACCCAAACCAAAACAACCAAAACCCACUGAUGUGUCAAACAGGUUAUCUAAACUGAGCAUAUUGUGAGACUAGAGAGGCAAUAACGCUGCAUAUUUAUACCAGUCAUUUAUUUAUGUUCUGAUUCAUCUUUCCCACCCAGAAGAAGUAAAGUCCCUCCAACCCCUCCAACACAGCAUGCCAAAAGGAGCAGUCCAAUACCAGAACCAAGAGAGGUAAGAAAUGAAACGGGGAAUCAAUAACGAAGUGAAAUUCUCAACUAUACUUGCUAGAUUUGCUUUGCCAGAUUGUUAAUACAAACAGCAGAUGGCGGUGUUGCACAAAAAAGCAGAACUACAGCAUUGCCCUGUGGUUGCAGGAGAGAAUACAGAAGAGUUUGUUUACCCAGAGUAGUGGUCCUUACAUGUUGUUUUUAUUCCAGUGCAUACAGGAUCUAGAUCCCAGCUGGUAUGGAGGACAGAUGACAAGAAAUCAAGCUGAAGCUGCACUCAGAGGGGUGAACAAGGUCAGAGGCUGCCUUUCAAUAUUGCACCCAUCCGGUUUACCUGCAGAAGACACACACAAACAGGACAGUGAAGCUCCUGUGACAUUUAAUUGUGUCAUGUUAAACUAAGUGUGUUUGUGUGGAUCUGUCCAUCUUUUUGUGUUUAGGAUGGGGCAUUUCUCGUAAGAAACAGCUCAACAAGCUCUGGUGAGCACCCAUACACCCUAAUGCUUCUGAGACAAAACAAGAUUUUCAAUAUUAAAAUCCGUAACCAAGACAACUACUACUCCUUGGGCACUAAGCUCAAUAACAAGGUAAGCUGAAAAUGAUGGUAUCAUUAUCCAUAAUGUUAAAAUGGGGAAAAGUCAGUCUGUGUUCAGUCAAAGUGAACUAAAAAGUUCACAUCUUGAGAUGCCUCCGGGAGCGUUUGAUGCAGACUUGUGCUGCGCUGCGUCAUUAGGUCCCUGUCAUCUUUUUGUCUGCUGCUGUGCUGUAGAGUUUCCCUGGGGUGAGGGAGAUGAUUACCCAUCACACACACACCCCACUGCUGCUCAUUGAUGCCAAAGACCAGAGCCUUGAAGCGCAUAGCGAGUGCUGUCUGCUGCACCCUGCGGGACUCUGA